AUGUUUGAUAGUAUUGAUGAUGGCACGUUGAAGAGCAUAAUGAAUGGAAUGGAUUAUAAUCAAAAGAAAUCUUUUUUGAUUGAACUAAGCGAGUCAAUGGAAGAACCUAAACUUGAGCCUAUUGAAGCGGAUACAGUAUAUAUGUACGAUACGCAAGAAAUAAUAAGCGAAGCCAAGCAAUAUAAAAUAGACAAAGUAUGGCGAGUGUAUGGAUAUGAUAGUGUGCCUAACUUGUUGCUGAGCAUGAGUGACGAAGAAAUAAAGAUGGUGCUGAAACAGCUGGGUCAUAAACACGAAAUUGAUGCCUUGAUCUAUGUUGGUAUUAAUAAGAGGUAUGAGAAUGCAGAUGAAAGAAAUGACGAUGUGAAAAGAAUAUUUGAUGCAAUUGAGGAUAAACAGAGGAAUGAAUUGUUGAAUGAUGCCUUUAAGAACAGUUUUGAUAGGAAUAGACUUGAUAAGCUGCUGGCAAUGCUGAAAGAUGCAUCUGUUGAGUAUAAGAAAAUAGCAUAUAUGUUGCUUGGAGUUGAAGACAAGAUAAUUGUAAUGAAUACAAUUGGUCGGAUAGUAAGCUCGUAUGGGAAGUAUAGAUAUGUGACGAAUAUAUUGCUGAGCAUUGAUGAUGAUAAUGACUUGGGAAACAUGAUUUCUAAACUUAAAGAUAAACCAGAAUUAUUUGUAAGUAUAUUGAAUGGAGCUGAUGAUGUUGAUAAGCUUAACAGAUUGUUUAAUAUUAUGAUAAGCGAAGCAAGUGGGCUAACAAAAAAAUAUGUGGAAGCUGUAUUAGAUAACCUUGUGAUCAAUCAGAAUAUUGUUAAUGAGUUGAUAGAUAAACCGGAGGAUGAGCAGAAUCAAAUACUGGGGAGAAUUAAUAGUGCACAACUAGCUGAUAAAAUAAUAAAGUGUGCAAUCAAAGAAGUACAAGCACAAGCUAAUCUAAUAGCAAAGCAAGAGGCACAGGCAGAAAGAAGAGAAGAGCAUGUUAAGCUAAUAGCUGCAGAAGAACAGAAGAGAAGGAUGCUAGAAACAACGGCAAUAUUAAUAAUAUUGUUGGUGGCAUUGAUUGAGGCAUUGAUUACAGGAAUGAGUAUAAAGAAUGCACUUAUUAAUGGGAAUGCGAUGAAUGAUCAAGCAGUAAUGGCAGCAGUGACGACAGUAGUGAUGGUAGCAGUGAUGCUGAGUGUGAUUACGUAUGUGAAGUGUGCAAAUAGGCCAGUGUGGUAUGACAGAUUGAUGAUAGGAGGAUGUGUAAUGAUGGCGCUGGUGAGAGUAUUCAUGGGUGUGUAUGGAGGAGUGAAUGUGAAUGAGUAUGUGAGAAUGAGAUUAAUGUGA